CAUAACAAGUGAACCCUAUAAAGCCUAAAUAUAUUUGACCAAAACCCUUAAGAUCGGAAAAAAAAAACACAUGGCAAACUCUAACCACAUUGCUAAGAAAAACAAGCUGAUCAAGCUCAAAUUGGUCAUGAAGAACCUACAAAGUUGCCUUUCCCUAUGGAAGAGACUACCGAUAUAUAUAUCGUAUGAUAUUUUAUCCUCUAGGAUAACUACGUUACCUUCAAUAAUGUCUGACGUCGAAGAGCUCCAAGAUCAACAUGAUCAUGAGGAGGCAUCAUCAUGUCAUUUCGGAGACUCUAAAGCGGUAGUGCCGCCACAGGAUGUCGUCAAGGAAGGCCAUUUUGCGGUGGUGGCGGUUGAUGGAGUGGAGACGAAGCGAUUCAUGGUGCCUCUUAGUUACUUAACACAUCCUAUGUUUCUUGUGUUGUUGGAAAAAGCAGCUGAGGAGUAUGGGUUUGAUCACGAGGGUGCACUUACCAUACCUUGUACACCAACUGAGAUUGACAACAUAUUGGCUGAAAGGUGGAAUGGAGCUACAGCAGCUAACUCUAGGAGAAGGGCUAAUCAUUGUAGGAGGAAUUAUUCCAAUUUCGUGCUUCUAAUCUACUACCUUCGUUUCCAAAAGAUCUUUACAGUUACUAUUUGCACGGACUCGAAUGCAAUAUUUAACUACUAAUAU